GAAGUCUUUAUCUGUAGAGUUUGACCAAGGAAAAGCUUCAGUGUCAGCCCCCACCAGCCCUGGCUGGGUCAAGAAAAGCAAAGACUUUGGUUCUUGAUUUUGUCUUGUCUGCACAGCAGUGCAGCUUGCUCUCUGUUUCAAACGCCUUUGCUUCUCUUAACUUUAUCUGUGGGACUGAGAGAAGUCUAACACGAACGGAAGAUGCUGUUAAGUGUGAAGAACUUAUUCAGUGCUGCAAAACUAACAAUGACCAGCAGGCAGUGGCUGCGACAGUUUUGGUAUGGGCCACCAGCUCAAAUGAAUGUUCAUCUGAAAGGUCGUGACCUCCUUACUCUGCAGAACUACACAGCAGAUGAGCUGAAGUAUUUGCUGUGGAUGGCUGCAGAUUUGAAGCAAAGGAUAAAGUGCAAAGGAGAGUAUUUGCCUUUGAUGCAAGGAAAAUCUUUGGCCAUGAUUUUUGAGAAGAGAAGUACAAGAACAAGAUUAUCUGCAGAAACAGGAUUUGCUCUACUUGGAGGACAUCCUGCCUUCCUUACAACACAAGACAUACAUCUGGGCACUAAUGAGAGUUUCACAGAUACAGCAAGGGUGCUUUCCAGCAUGACAAAUGCAAUCUUGGCUCGAGUUUAUAAGCAUAACGAUCUGCACCUAAUGACGAAACAAGCCACUAUCCCAAUAAUCAAUGGAUUGUCCGAUUUACACCAUCCUCUCCAGAUUUUAGCUGAUUACCUAACUCUUCAGGAGCACUAUGGUGGGCUGAAUGGGCUUACAGUCACCUGGAUUGGGGAUGGAAACAACGUUCUUCACUCCAUCAUGACAACUGCUGCAAAGCUGGGAAUUCAUCUGCGUAUUGCAACUCCCAAGGGCUUUGAACCAGACCUCAAGAUAACUAAAAUAACUGAGCAGUUCUCCAGUGAGUAUGGUACCAAGUUACUCCUCACAACAGACCCUUUGGAGGCUGCAGACGGUGCCAAUGUCUUAAUUACAGAUACAUGGAUAAGUAUGGGGCAAGAAGAGGAAAAGAAAGAAAGACUAAAGGCAUUUCAAGGUUAUCAAAUUACAAUGCAGACUGCGAAAUCUGCUGCUUCCAACUGGACUUUUUUACACUGUUUACCCAGAAAACCUGAAGAAGUUGAUGAUGAAGUAUUUUAUUCUCCACGGUCAUUGGUUUUCCAUGAGGCUGAAAACAGAAAAUGGACAAUUAUGGCUGUCAUGGUUUCCCUGCUGACAGAUUACUCACCACAGCUACAAAAGCCUACAUUUUAAUGCUUGGAUUUCUGCCAAGAGAAAAAAAUUCCUCAUCGGCAGAAUAUUCUGGUCUGCAAAUACAUCGAUCUUCUUCAGAAAGGAUCAAAGCAAUGAAUGCUUCUUUAAUAAAACUGUACAGUUAGCUGUAUAAUAUUGCAUUACAUCCAUGACAAUGUUCAAGACAAUAAGCACCAUUGCAAAAGCUGCUUUUCA